CUUUUUAAUUCCCUUUAUAACAUCUCUUCUCACCGUUCCCGCUUUCUCUCCCCACUUCACAGUCGGCUCCUCUCAACAAACUCCGUUCCGUUUUCUCUCUUUCUCUCUCCGCCACCGUUUUUCCCUAAAAUUCCGUUUCAUUUCUCUCUUGUCUCGCCGUGAAAGGAGGAUUUGAUUUGAUUUGUGAAGUGAAGAAGGCAGUCCGUACGUGAUUCGGAGAGGAAAAAUUCGUUGUGGAAUCAUUUUGGAAAAAAGGUUUUGGUGGUUACGGCAGUGAGAAUAUCUUGAAUUUGGAUCGGUGUGUGGUUUUUUUUUUUUUUUUUUAAUGGCGUCGUCUCUGAUUCUGAAUCCUGUGGCGAGUUCUGAGCGAUCGCGUGAUUCAUCCAGAAAGAAGAAGAAGAAGAAAGCAGCAAGGGAAGAUGAUCGUCAAGAUCAGGAUCAAAUCAAAUGGAAAUCGCAAGCUCAGCAUCAAGUUUACUCUUCGAAGCUGUUGCGCGCCUUGAGUCAGGUCAGGAUCAGUUCUCCUGAGUCGACACCAAACGAAAUGCCGCGCCGUGGCCGGGCGGUGCGGGAGGCUUCCGAUACGGUUCUAGCCAUGACGGCGAAAGGAAGAAGUAGGUGGAGCAGAGCAAUCUUAACGAACCGUCUCAAGCUGAAGUUUCGUAAUAAGCACAAUAGGCAGAAGGCGCGUGUGGCCGGAAACAGCCGUACGAAGAAGCCGAGUGUUAGCGUUUUGCGGUUGAGAGGGAAAGGAUUACCAACUGUACAGAGAAAAGUCCGGCUUCUAGGCCGGCUAGUUCCCGGCUGCCGGAAACAACCGCUGCCGGUGAUUCUGGAUGAAGUAACUGAUUACAUUCCAGCACUAGAGAUGCAGAUCCGAGUCCUGAGCGCCAUAGUCAACUUGGUUUCAAGCUCUUCUUCAUCUUCUUCUGGUAUCGAUUCUUCUACCUGAUAACUCGUGCACUUUCUCUGAUCAAUUCUCUUCCCAGAACAAAAAAGAAGAAAAAGAAAAAGAAAAAGAAGAAAUCCAUUUUCUCCCCUACUACUUCUCUUCCGCAAGUAAUUUCUUGUCAAAUAUAUAUAAUAUAUCGAUUUCUUGUAUUUGGUGCAUGAAA